GCCAGGAUAGUGGGGCUGAGCUUCCCAGGUCAGAGUGCUGCAUCUGGACCCACCCAGAGCCUAAGCUGAAAGGCUGCUCUCCCAACAGGGUUGGUGCCAGGGAGAGAGCCCUAUAUAUGCCCCCACAGUGCCCAGCCCAACGGGGGCUUUCUCCAGGGGCUGGAGCCAGCUCCCCAAGGCAGCCCCGGGCUCUGCCAACACCAGCUCCUGAGCCGGAGACUCCAGCUCCAGGUGCUGGUGACCUUCGAGGUGGUGCCUGUGUUUUUCACCAUGGAGCCGUGUGUCCUGCUAGACGCUCACCAAAAAGCACUGUACCGGGACGUCAUGCAGGAGAGCUACGACACCUUGAUGUCACUAGAAUUCCCACUCCUGAAAUCAGAUGUGAUCUCCCGGCUGGAACGAGGGGAAAAGCCACAUGUCCUGGGUUCCUGGAGCUCCCUGGAAAGGGGUAUCACGAACACAUCCCAUGGAGCAGGUGAGGAUGGGGUGAGUGAGAGCGAAGAGGAGAAUCCCCAACUGGAGGAAGGUCCUGAGCAGGUGGAACCAGAGGGGGCAGCAUCUGGAGCAUCUGGAGCAGCUGAAGGGGAUGUUUCCCAGGAGCCAAAUGAGGAGAAGCCAGAGGGGCCAGGGAAGCAGCAGCGAGAUGCCCUGGGGAGACGUCGGGGCAAACCUGUCCUGCAGGGGGAUGGCUCUAGGAAGCCGAUGGCUGUCCCAGCACGGCAGAGGCCGCAGCAGGCUGGGAAGCCCUACGAGUGCGAGGACUGUGGUAAAAGCUUCAUCUGGAGCUCGCACCUGGAGCGGCACCGGCGUGUUCACACAGGUGAGCGCCCCUUCCGGUGCCCUGAGUGUGGGGAGCGCUUCACCCAGAGCUCCCAUCUGCGGCAACACCAGCUGGGCCAUGGUGGCGAGCGCCCUUACAAGUGCGGUGACUGCGGCAAACGCUUCGCUGACCUCCCGGCCUUGGCUGCUCACCGCAGCAUCCACCUGGAGGAGAAGCCCUACCGGUGCAGCCACUGCGGCAAGGGCUUUGCCUGGAGCUCCCACCUGGAGCGGCACCGGCGCAUCCACACAGGCGAGAGGCCGUUCCGCUGCGGGGACUGUGGCGAGGGCUUUGCCCAGAGCGCUCACCUGGCCAAGCACCGGCGCACCCACACAGGUGAGCGCCCCUACCGCUGCCUGCUCUGUGGCAAGGGCUUUGUCGACAGCUCCGACCUGACACGGCACAAGCGCACUCACGCAGCUCCAGUUGGGGCUGCUGCCAAGAACCGCAAACACCGCACACCCGGGCACGGCUCACCUCAGGCCGGCUCAGAGCCCCAGAAAGCCCUCCAGAAAGAGGAAGCCUUUGGAGAAGCCUCAAAGCCGCCGCAGCAUUCCUGCGCCGCUGGGAAGGGCCGCCACUGUCCGGACUGCAAGCCAGGCCCAGAGCCCAGUAAGAUCCCACAGCCCAGCCCUGAGCAGAAGCCCUACCCCUGCGGGCACUGCGGAAAGAGCUUUGCCUGGAGCUCCCACCUGGAGCGGCACCGGCGCAUCCACACGGGGGAAAAGCCCUUCAAGUGCGGGGAGUGCGGGGAGGGCUUCAGCCAGAGCUCCCACCUCACCAAGCACCGGCGCACCCACACGGGCGAACGUCCCUACCGCUGCCCCCGCUGCGGCAAGGGCUUCAUCGAGAGCUCUGACCUGGCCCGGCACCAGCGCACCCAUACUGGGGAGCGCCCCUACACCUGCCCCCAGUGUGGGAAGAGCUUCAGCGUCAGCUCAGCACUGGCCAAGCACCAGCGGGUGCAUGCCAUCACCCAGCCCUGAGCACUUGUAGUGGAAACCCCCUGCCCCCCAACUCCGCCACCACCAGCCAUGCCUGUUCCCUCCCCGAGGAGGAGGGAGACAGACCCAUCCCUUCCACCCACUGCCACCUUUUUGAAGCAAGUGGCUCCCACAGUGACCCAACCAAAGGGCCAGUAUCUACAACUGGUUAGACCAUGGGGAUUUCCAUUCCAGGGGCCAUCCCACUGCCUUUUGGGAACCCACCUGUUUAUCCGAGAGCUGAACGAAAGGAAAAAAGUCUGAAUUUUCCCACCAAAAACAAACUUCCAAGGGAAAAGAAAGAGUAUUCCAUUUUAGGUCCACCUAAACAUUUGGUUUGGGAUUCCUGUUGGACUAUUUUGCUCCACUCUUCGCCUUUUUGAAGCAAGAAAUUUAUGUUAUGUUAUGUUAUAAUUUAUAGUAUAAUGUAAAAUAAAUUUCGAUGCAGUGGGUUGAAA